AUGUGGUUCGUCCUUCUUGGUGGUAUGCUGACAUUACCCUGGAUACCGUGGCUCUUGAUACAUCACAAAUACUUGCUGUCUUGGUCACAGAUUUGGAUUUAGGUAACUUUCAAUGUGGCAUAGUUGCUGAGCUGCAGGUUGAGUAUUUCAGAAGCUGCUGAUCUCCUAGGGGUUCCAUGUACAGACACCUCUUGGGUUUACAGAUACUGGUCUGAGAAGGAGAAAAUAUCCAGUCAGUUGCAGCUGCCCAGAGAAUGGGCAGACUGGUUUGAGGUGAAGGAAAGGCAUUUCAAAUAUCCACUUGUUACAACCAAGUUACGUGGGAAACAUAGAUGGCCUGCAGCAGCAGAAGACCCCACCGGGUGCUACUCCUGUUUAGCUAAGAACAAGAAACUGAGUCUUGAAUUAAUAGGCUCACUAAAAAUGAUCAGCAACAGAUUUGGAAAACAUUGGCUGGACCGAUAAGUCUCACAUUCAGGUACAACAUUCAGAUAGCAGGGUCAUGGCAGGGUCAGAAUUUGGUGUAAAUAGCAUGAAAACAUGCAUCAAUCCUGCCUUGUAUAAAUGGAUCAGGCUGCUGGUGGUAGUAAAGUGGUGUGGGGAGGUGUUUUCUUAAAAACACCACAGCCUUCCUGAGUAUUGCUGCUGAGCCUCUCCGUCCCUUUAAGACCACAGUGUUCCCAUUCUCUGAUAGCUUUUUCCACCAGGAUAAUGCGGCAUGUUGCAGACCUCGGAUCAUCUCAGACUGGUUUCUUGAAAAUCAAACCAAGUUCACGGUACUCCAGUGGCCUCCAAAGUCACCAGAUCCCAAUCCAAUAGAACAUGUUUGGAAUGUGUUGAGAGUGGGAAAUUAGCAUCAUGGAUGUCCGGAUGACAAAUCAGCAGCAACUGUGACACCAUAAUGUCAAUAUGGACCAAAAUCUCUGAAUAUAUGCCUCAAAAAUGUGAAAAGAUCUGAAAGCUUAGGGCGGGCUUUAAGUCUUUCCAGUUUUGACCAGCAGCAGUUUCUUUAGUUUUAAGUCAGUUGGUUUGAGCAUAUAUUGAGCCAUCAUAGACGUAUGGGGAUGUGAGAAUUUUUAUUAAGCGCUGUUUCAGCAUUUUAGAUGGAACAAUAAUGACCUUAAUAAGCAAUAAAACCAGUUCAAAAACAGAAAGCUUCAUAUUGGACUAAUGUUUCAAAUAGUGGCCUAAAAAUCUGAAAUGCCAUUUCACUAUAAAUACCAGAUCCUGUUAAUUAGGAAACAAUCUCCUGAUUAGAUUUUAAUUCUGCUUAUGAUUUCGGGUAAUUAUUACUUGAAAUUGUUAGUCAAAAGUCUAAACCUUAAACAUAAUGAAAUAGAAAGUAACAAAGCAUAUUGUAUUUGUGUCCAUGGAUACCGAAGGUUUAUAUAUAUUCUAUAAUUACUAUCAUGAAAUGCAAUUAGAAUAAUUUAAUGCAGGCGCAAAGUUAAUUAUGCUGUGCACAACAAGAGUAUUAUGGUCUAUUAUUAGGUUAUCAGCAGUGCAGCUCAGCAUAUUUCCUGGUUAAAGCCCAGAAGGUGCCAACAUGACUGUUUCUGUUGCAGCAUGUUUCAGUGUUUCAGCCGCGAAAGAUUAGAUAAAAUAACUCAACAAGAUGAGGGGAUUUCUGCCAUUUUCUGGAGUCAAACUUUCCGUUUUUUCUUUAUAAUCUCCCCAUGUGUCCUUUGAUCUCAGCCCGCCUCUUUUCUGCUCUUAUCCUCCUUUAACACAUGGCUGAAACACAAGCUAGGCAAAGCUGUCUUAGCAUUUGCCAGUUUAAAUGCAACAAUGCCAUAAUUCCUUUAUGUUUGGGAUAAAGUAUUUUUUUUCCUCCACACAGUUAUACAUGGGACAUCACAUGCUGGGCUUUUCUUGUUCCCCCCUGUAGUUGUGUGUUACAGAUGUUUUCAGUUUCUCUUCUCCAAAAUCUGCCUUGUUGUCUUGAAUUCAGAUACAGGAAACACGGCGGAAUCGCAGAGACGAGAACAUCAUUGUUCUCUCAGCGGGAAGAAAGCGGAUUGGGUCUCCACAAAUGGGACCGUUUCGAAUCUUGAUGUGGCGAACGUGUGAAAUCCCUCCAGUUUUUACGCUCACCAGUGGAAAGGAACUUUGCGAAACACUUAAGAUCGACUUUGGUUCUUUCACCAAAUCCUGAGUUCUGCUUCAAGUGCUGGCAGAUGAAAACAGAGGGGUGCUUUGGUGUGAUUCAUACUGUUUUGUUACACACUGUUCUUUAAUAACACUCCUCCCUCUCUACAAUGUCACUGACAGACUCAAAGCUAGCACUUUAUUUUACAAUGUUUUGAAUCCUAUUUUUAGGCCCCGGAGGGAAAGGUAACAGGCGCGAGAUAACAGGAUUAUGGGAAUCAAACUUGCUUCAGCUGGAAUUACAUUUUCCUUCCUUGUGAAAUGAAAUGUUGCUCUCGGCUGGGAAGAGAACUUGGAGCAUUGUGGUUUGGCUCUUGAGGUUACCUAACCCUUUUCUAAAGCCCUACAUUGUGCUGCUCAUUCUCUCAGCCUCCCACUUUCAUUCAACCUCUGUACGCUCUCAGUUCUGUCACAAGCACCUGGCUUCCGAGAGACAGUGUUGCCCUGGCAACAAGAAGAAUAUCUCAACCUGCCAAGAUGUUAAAAAGAAAGAUGGAGAAGGAGGAGGGAAAGAAGCAAGUGUUUGUUAGCCAAAACUUCCUUACAAGGUGACAUUUACAGCCUGGCUGGUGAAUUGAUUAAAGUUUAGCCCGGGGUUGGUUGAAGUCUCAGCAUCUAUGUUAACUGUCGCAUCAAAGACGUGCAUCUGACUGCAGAGCUCCAGAGCUUCCCAUUGUGGAGAGAAGAAACUGGCUGAUCCACCAGCACUACCUGCGCAAAGACUAUGAGACCUGUAAGUAGGCAGACAGGAAGUGGGGUGGAGAGAGGGAGACGACAUACAGCACAGGACUCUGGGGUCGGGACUCGAACCUGGGACACCUGCCUUGAGCACUGGGUCGCGUGCUCUACGCCGACGCCAGGCGCUUCAUCCCUCUUGACUACCUUUUAAUAGGAAGAAAUCAACAUCAGAACUGGGUUCAGGGGUUUAAAGGGAAGUCGUUGAAGAGGAGCUAAAACAUGGAGAAACAUGUCAGCUGAGUCCUUUCAAAUGUCUCCACUGAAAUUAAGUUGCUUUACUGUAAUCAUUAAAGAGCAACUGCAGGAAACCAAUGGAAUGUGUGAAUAUGCCAUAUAUGUUCAAGCACUAAUCUUACGUCUUGAGGGGAAGAUCCAGGAGUCCCUGGAGCUGUUUCAGAGCUGUGCCAUCCUUAAUCCCAGCAGCUCCGACAACCUCAACCAAGUGGCCCGAUCACUAUUUCUGCUUGGAAAGCACAAAGCAGCUAUUGAGUUCUAUAAUGAAGCUGCAAAACGUAACGAGAAAGACUGGGAGAUCAGUCAUAACCUGGGUGUGUGUUAUUACUUCAUCAAAGAUUUCAAAUAUGCUGAGGAACAUCUAAACCUCGCUCUACAGAUAAAUAAACAUGACAAGACCUUCAUGAUGCUCGGGAAAGUCCAUCUGAUGGCUGGAGAAGCUGACAAGGCCAUUGAAGUGUAUAAGAGAGCAGUGGAAUUCUCUCCAGAGAACACUGAACUCCUCACCACUCUUGGCCUCCUUUUUUUGCAGCUUGGGAAAUACCAAAAAGCAUUCGAGCAUCUUGGGAAUGCCCUCACGUUUGACCCCAACAAUUAUAAGGCCAUCCUGGCUGCAGGCAGCAUGAUGCAAACCCACGGUGACUUUGAUGUGGCCAUGAACAAGUACAGAGUGGCAGCCUGCGCCGUGCCGGAGAGCCCCCCUCUCUGGAACAACAUUGGCAUGUGCUUCUUUGGCAAGAAGAAAUAUGUUGCUGCCAUCAGCUGCCUGAAACGCGCUCACUACUUGUCUCCCUUUGACUGGAAAGUGUUGUACAACCUGGGGCUGGUACACCUGACCAUGCAGCAGUACGCUUCAGCUUUCCAUUUCCUCAGCGCAGCCAUUAAUCUGAACCCACGCAUGGGGGAACUCUAUAUGUUGCUAGCAGUCGCUUUGACUAAUUUGGAAGACGUGGAGAAUGCCACCAGAGCAUAUGAACAAGCCGUUAAUCUUGAUGAAACCAACCCCAUGGUCAACCUGAACUUUGCAAUAUUCCUCUAUAAUCAUGGUGACAAGAAGAGAGCUCUGGAUCAAUAUCAGGAGAUGGAAAGGAAAGUCAACCAACUUCGGGAUAGCAGUAACAACUUUGAGUUUGAUCCUGAGAUGAUAGACAUGGCUCAGAAGAUGGGGGCUGCUCUGCAGGUAACAGAGAGUCUGGUGUGGACUAAACCAGGCAAGGACUCAAAAUCCAAACCUCACUCGGCAGCAGCGGCCAAAACCCCCGGGGCUCCUCUGGGCACCAACCAAGCUCUGGGUCAGGCCAUGUCUUCAGCUGCCAGUUACAGCAAGAACAUGCAGCUAACAACAGGAGUUUCCAAAGGUUCCACAGCUCCUGAGCUAGAGCCUGAUGUAGAGAAUGCCCCCAGUCCACCAACCGACCCUCCAGGACCCUCAGAACCAGAACAUCCAGAUGGUUCCAAAUCCAGAACCUCUAAGGAGAAAUCUGUAGUGGAGUAAUGAAGUCAUUUAGUGGGCGCAGUUCGACAUGACUCUCAUUAGAGGUUUUUAAUAUUACUGUAGUCAGAUUUAGGACUUUUAGGCACACAGAAAUGUAAUGUCCUGCACAUCCAGUUCCUUUAAAGUAAAAAACAAAUUAGGGUCAUUUUUCAUUACUGCUGACUCUACAGAUGCAAUGUUAAAGCCACCUCCAACAGGUUUUUUUGCUGAACAAUGUUUAUAUUCAAACAAAAAGUACCAGCAGCCUUUGUAAGGCUUGUGUGUGCUAUAAGCUGAAAGGAUCUAUUUUCCUUGUAUUAACAUUCCUAUAAAAUCCACUACAGGUGAAGGAAUCACUGUGACAAUCUGAGUUUGAGCCAAGAAAGGUGUACACAGAGGGAUGUUUUUGAACAUUUGUAUUAUAAGACUUUAUUGCAAAUCACCAAUAUCGCUUUUAUUUGUGAAUAUCUGUCAUGUUUAUAGAGAAUAAAGUAUUUAAUAUUA